AUGAGCGUGCAUGUCCGAGACACCGUUCUUGGCCAACUAGUCCGACUAUGCUCUGGGAAACAGCUGCUACAAUUCCCAGACGAGAAAGAUCCCGGUUUAUGGAAGCAGUCUAUUACUCAUCCGACGCCAACUAUACCGGUUUCCGACCAUUCUGAUUCAGCCCAAGAGCCCAACGAUGAGACACAGACCAACCAGAACAACCAAGAACAAGCCCGUGGCGAGAAAGAAAACGAUUUAGAUUCCUUUCCACCGAGGCCAACCCAACGACGCUCCCCCGUGAAAGCAGAAAUAGGCCCAGACAAUAGUAUAAUCUUGGUGGACUGGUAUGGAAAUACGGACCCGGAGGACCCCCAGAACUGGUCCAGAGGCCGCAAAUUUGGAGUCUUUUUCCAAAUAUGCAUUCUCAACUUCGGUAUCUACAUUGGGAGCUCUAUAUACGCUCCUGGAGAACUGAGUGUUAUGGAAGAAUUCCAUACGACCGAGGUUGUGGCCACCCUAGGGCUGUCGCUCUUCGUGCUUGGAUAUGGCCUUGGCCCAAUGCUCUUCUCGCCGAUGUCUGAAGUUCCAAGAAUCGGACGUAGCAGGAUCUACUUCUGGACACUCUUCGCUUUCGUCUUACUUCAGCUUCCUACCGGGUACGCCGUCAACAUGCCAAUGCUAGCAAUUUUCCGAUUUCUGACGGGAUUCUUUGGCGGUCCAGUCCUUGCUACCGGCGGUGCGACAAUCAUCGACAUGUACCCACCCCAAGAGGUGGCCUUUUGGAUGGGCAUAUACGGUUCGGUGGGCAUCUUGGGGCCGGUCAUGGGACCCCUGGUCGGCGGCUUCGCAGCCCAGGCCAAAGGAUGGCGUUGGACCAUAUGGAUACUCACAUGGCUUUGCACCGUUGUGCUGACCGUGUUAUUUGUUGCCAUGCCCGAGACCAACUCCGCCAACAUUCUGUACAGGAGAGCGAAAAGAUUGCGAAAGGCAACAGGAAAAGCCAACCUCAGAAGCCAGUCCGAGAUGAACGCUGCGGAAGUGACAUUCAGAGACCACCUGACGAUGCUGGGUAGAGCCUUCACUCUCACUUUCUCUGAGCCUGUGGUCUUCUUCGUGGAUCUUUACAGUGCGCUGUUAUAUGGUAUUCUGUACAUCUGGUUCGAAUCCUUUCCGAUUGUAUUUGGAGAUAUCUAUGGUUUCGACAUCGGCCGGCAAGGUUUGGUGUUUCUCGGCAUAUGCGUCGGGGGCUUCGUCACCGUCCCUUGCUACCUCUGUUGGAUCAAGAAACGUCUCAUUCCUAGUUUCCAACAGCCGCCGAUCUAUCCCGAGGUCAUAUUACCUCCGACAUUCUUCGGCGCAUUUGCUCUCCCGAUAUGCUUGUUCUGGUACGGUUGGACCUCAAGAAGUUCCAUCCACUGGAUUGUGCCGAUUGUUGGCUCAGGAUCGUUCACUGUCAGCAUUGUCACGCUGUUUAUGCCUAUCCUCACUUAUCUGGGGAUGGCAUACCCUCAAUAUGCCGCUUCCGUGCUUGCAGGCAACACUCUUUUCAGAGCAGCCAGUGGAACUGUAUUCCCGCUCUUUGCUCGAGCAUUGUUCCGCAAUCUCGGUAUCGGCCCUGGAAACUCUUUGCUGGGCGGCCUGGCAAUUCUCUUCAUUCCCAUACCAUUUAUUCUAUAUUAUUAUGGGGGCCGCAUCCGACACCAAAGCAAGAACGCAACCCAUGACGUCUAA